GUUAGUUCGGAUAUCCUAUCAGAAUUACUAGAAGUCGCUUUCAACAGUAUUAUCUAUUCACGGCAAUUGUACCCACGAGAAAUAUUUACCAAGAAGAAAAUUUACAGCACUGCCGUUUAUAUAUCAGAACAUCCGGAGGUUAAUGAUUAUUUAAGAAAUAUUAUAUUGUCCGUAAAAGAACUUUUGGAUUCUGAUGUGACAUCUGUUAAGAAGAUUAAUUUUGUCAUUUGUGAUGGUGAGCAGAAGGAAAUUGAACGAGUUGUCUUUGAUUUAAUGGAGUUCCGUCUUACUGAUAAUGAAAAAGAUCCGUAUUUCUUGAAAACCGAGGACGCUCUUCGAGAAUUAAAUCUGCGGUUGUUGAUGUCCGAUAAUUAUCUGAGUAAACUACCAAAGGAUUGUACAUUCUUUAUUGAAAUAGAAACCAAUGAAUCAGCUCACAUUGGUCUAAGCGAGAAUCCAAAGUGCCUUGAGUUUCCAUGGAUUGUUAAGAAACCGAGCGGUCAAUUAACACAGCAAAGUGAUAAUAAUUACUUAUUGCCUCUAACAACAAUUAAAACUGAAUAUUUAGGGUUACAAAUUUUUUUUAAGACUUCAAAUCCUUUAAAUAAAUGA